GGACAGCCGAAGCAGAGAGAGCCAAAGGCAAUCAAUCAUCCUCCCCCCAUUUUUCGACUUGAAAACUAUUGCUUUGAGACGUGUUUGUCGCGUAAUUUACGACUCGAUUACUUCCUGUUACAUCGAUUGACUGUACGAUUGUGUCGUGACUUUACUCGAUGGAAUCGAAUCGUUUGCGCUUCUUCAACCGCUGUUGAAUCGAUACCUACUAAAGUUAUUGACUUAUUAUUUACCUGGAGUUGCACCAGCGAUUGAGGACCUGGCCCCCCAUACCCAUAACCCAUUUCUGCCAUCCACUACCGCUGUCAUUCCAGCUCCAACCGCUGCUAACAGGAACCACUGACUGCCACUGCAACUACCGCGUAUCGCGACGAGGCGCGGCCAACGCCCCGACGACGGAACCAAAACCAUCCAAGGCUCUUUUUUGAAGCCAUCAUGACCACGCCGACCAUGGCCCAGCCCACGGCCAUCCAUGCCAACGGCACCUCAGAAUCUCCCAGCCUCGACAAAGCGCAACCUGUCGCUCCGGGAAAGCGAAAACGCGAGACGGAAGAAAUGGAAGACCGCGAUGAAGACAAUGCCUCCGAGGAGCAAAAACCUGCCAUUACGAAUGGAGAGCCCAAAAAGGACCAACGCGACAUGAUAAAAUCUUUUGUUGAAGUUCUGAGCAGCUACGACAUCGGUCCCUCCAUCCUUAAGCGCCCCUUGCCCGAAUCCUCUGAUGAUGAGCAAGAUGAACACCGAGCCAAGCGUCAAAAGUCGACUGACCUAACCACCAUCUCCGAGAAGGCUGCCGCGAAUGCUUACGAGGAUCUAGACCAAGUGGCUAAUGACCUGGUCUCUGCUCUCCAAGCCGCUCUCAAGGAUAUCAAGACAAAGCCAGCCGAUGAUGAAAAGCAAGCGACCAACGAGGAAUUGAGAGCACAAAUCUCGGACUUUAAGGAAAAGGCCCUGCAACUUCUUCGACGAGAAAAGGCUUACCCGAAAACUUCGGCCGACCCUCUUGCAGUCGAGGCAAAACUUCCACCAUCUCCUCAGAAGGGAGAGUUGGUACUCUCCCUUGUUGCAUAUGCACCUCAGGAGAGAAGGCUGUUCUCCAGUCUUCCAAUCUCCGAUGAACCCAAAUUGCGUGAUAUGCCCUUACCCCAGGGAAUGUCAUUAACUCAUGUUAUGCCGACAACGCCUCAUGAGCGAACACAGACUCUUGGAGAUUUGUUUUCGUCGCCAAAGAACCUGCCGCCUCUGCAGCCACCCAAGCAGCCUAAGACGCAAGCUAAGGGCAACGUGCUGGACUUUUAUCGACCAGAACUGACAGAUACCUCCAAGUUCCGAAAUGCGUCUUACUUCACAACCAAAUUGACUGCUGGAUGUUACCUCGACUACAGCAAUGCGACUCCUUCAUCACAAACCAUCACCAAGCAACGAGAACGUGCGCAAAGUCUAGCGGGAAAGCGACCUUCAACUACUGAACUCGAACUGCACGAGAUGGAAUCGCUUUUCCGAGGCGCCUUUUCUAGCUUCGCACCGUGCAAGGAUGAUUCAGGAGCUGUUGUGCCGUCGAGUGUUGCGGGUCGAAUGUGGUGGCAGCGAUCGGGCCACCGAUCUUUCCAGAACAUGAUUGAGGUCGAAUAUUAUGGUGGUGCUGACAGUGACGAAAAGGCCGAGAAGGAUGAGGCUAUGGACAUCGACGAGAAGGCUAUCCAAGAAGCGAUUGAUAGUUGGGAUGAAUCUGUUGUUGAUCCGUCACUCGAAGAGGCUCUGGGCACAAAACGGGCGGAUGAGGAGAAGGAAGUCGAUGAGAUUUUGGAAGAAGUCAGCGACAUGAUUGAGACCCUGUCUUCUUACCAACGCAUCCGAAACCUUAACCUCCCCAACUCGCAAAAUCGCUCAUCAAGCGACCCAGUCAAUGGCGAUAUGCUGGCUACUCCCGGACCUACUCCUUCGGAAGGCGAGCAAGCCACAUAUGAGAUGCUUAAGGCGCAGCUUGCUCUGAUCAUCAAGACACUACCGCCAUAUGCAGUCGCCAAGCUGAAUGGAGACCAAUUGGAGGAUCUUCUCAUCAGCACCAAGGUUCAAGUCCAAACUGAUAAGUACAAGGGAGUUAUGGAGGAGGAUGAGGCGGGUGUUCAGGCUCGGUUGAGAGCUCAGCAACAAGCUGCUCAGGCUAAUGCCCGGCCGCCGCCUCAACGUACACCUAGUGUAUCGGGAGUUUCCUAUGGGCAUCAUACUCCCCAGACCCAGUACGCAACCCCUCAACGAACCCCCUCUAUGCAACAACAGCAAUACUAUCGACCUGGGCCUACGCCCGGCUUCACACCUGCACCACGACCUAUGCCCGCUCAACCCAGACCUCCUCAACCUAAUCAGUAUUCUCGACCCAACGGUUAUCCUGCUCAAUAUGCCACACAGGUUGCUAAAGCUCAAACUCCUUAUGGCCACCAAAACAUGCCUCAGUAUGCUUCUCAGCCAAGACCUCAGUUUGGACAGAUGCAGGCUCAGCAAGGAACUCCCAAUGCCCGGUUCGCUUUCCAACCAGGCUAUCCACAGCAACAAGCCGCUACGCCCGCACAGCCCAACUUUGGGGCCUACACUAACGGUCAAGCUGUGCCGCAGCGCACGAUGUCUCCUCAGGUUAAUAGACAGGCCUACAGUGCCUCGCCUAAUGUGCAGCAGCCUCCGCGAUAUGGUACGCCGAACCAGGCUGUGGGCAAUCAAAUGAACAGGUACCCGAGCAACCCCCCUCAACAAGGAACGCCUGCUCAGAACCCUGGACUUACAGGAUAUCACACCGUUAUCCCUGAAGCGCAACAGCAGCGGAUUCUCGAACAAGCCAAAGCCCGGGUCGCGGCUCAAGAGCGGUCUACUAUGUUCGCUGACAAGAUCACUCAGCCUGGUACUCCUGGUUUUGGCCAAGGAGGGACUAUGGACCCCAGCCGACUUGCAGCUGCGCGAGCAAGUAUUGCUUCUCAGCAAAAGCCUCCGACUCCCAAUUCUCAGCGAUCGAGUAUGAGCGGGACGCCAGGACCACCACCUCCCCACAAGGUGACUCCUGUUCCUGUCCCACCGAUCCCAGGCAUGCAGCAGAAGCCAUUGUAAUAAUCGACACCAUGUGGAUCUUUUGGAAACGAGAGACGCGAAGCGGAAGGGGUCAGAUAUGAUAUCAUCAAGGCAGACUUAGGGCAUUGGAGGAGCGAGAAAGGGGGUCAGGGGAGGCGUUUAGAGGAUGGAUUCUCGACUUGUUUUUAUUAGCUACGUUUUGUUGAGGAGUUGGUUUUUUGACUCAACCAAGGAAAAAGGGACGAGAGAUAUAUUAUUUUGGAAGAACGAGGAAUUGGUGGACUUAUCCAUCGAGUUGUUGACCUGGGGGUUGGAAACUCCUGGUUGUGUAAUCCAAGACGCCGAAUUGGCGCGUGUAUGCAGAUGAAGAAAAGGUACACUAUUGCAUUGAUACUUAAUAUGUUUACGCUAUGGACUUUCUUUUGUACCAAUA